CCCCACUUCUUCCUCCCCACAAUUUACGGACACAAAUGUUUCAGUCACUCCUACAUACUUCCCGAGUAAUGAGCCUCAUAAUCAACAAGAGGAUCUGGAGGAGGCAGAUUUAAAGAGAUUUUCUAGCUUGGAAGAAGUACUCAACAAAUUAGCACAAAAUCAGCUGAGAGCAGACUCAAGGAUGCAAAUGAUGGAGACAAGGAUGCAGAACAUGGAGAAUCAAUUGGGGCAGAUUGCAAAGGCUUUAUCUGAGGAGUCCGAGAGAUCCCGUCCUAGCGACACAGAAGCCCAACCUGAGGAGACCAAUAGGGAUGAUCAUAUGAGUGAGUCGGACUGUGAAGGUGGAAAUAUGAUGGAUGAUACCCUCCUAGAUGCUUUUGAAGACCCUGAUGAGAACGGUGUUAACGAGAGUUGGGAUGCCUUCAUGGGGAGUGAUACAGAGUCUGGAGGAGAGGUUGUGAAUUUUCAUGAUAUUUCUGAGGAAGAAGAAGAUUUUUCUAUGGUGCAGUUUGAUUACGGUGUUGCUCCUACUCCUUGCUUGGAGACAUGUUUUGAGCUUCCGGUGAUGCCUAGAGUAAUCAAAGUUUUCACUCAUGUUCCCUAUCCACCUGAAGAGGAUGAGAGUUUCAUACUUCACUUCUGCACUAAUGAGGGUUAUGAAGACCAUAUGUUGCCUACGUGGACUAAAGAGUUUAAAGAUCCGCGACACCUAAUGGCAUUUGUUGAGAGGAAACUGGAGACGUUGACUAUGAGUGCACCACUACAGUAUUUGCAAUUUGAGAGCUUAUGAGGUAUCGUCGGGCACACGACGUUAAAAAUAGCGCUUCUCGGGAGGCAACCCGAGCUUUUUUCUGCUUUUGAUUUUGCUUUUGCUUUGUUUGUUGUUUCGUUGUUUUGCUUUGUGUUUUUGUUGCAGCUCAGGGUCUUGUUGUAUGGAUGAUGUGCCGAGGAUUACAUUGACUCAGUUUAGUUCUGCACCGACCAGCGCCUUAAGGAAGUUUCUACGACUCUUUUAAUCGCCUUUUUGUAAUAAUUGACUUGAGCUAAUUUGAGCACGCGUGACCCUUUCCCCUUCACCCCCCUUGUGCAUAGUGCAUUUUUGGUCAUCGAGGGCGAUGCCAAAGUUUAAGUGUGGGGGAGUGAAUUGGGCAUUCGGGCAGUAGUUGUCACAUGUAAUUCGUUUAGCAUGUGCAGGUGUUAGUUGUAUAUUCAUAGGAAAUUCAUGCCAAAUUUUUGAAAAUUUUUCUUUAAACUAUGUCUUUGUAAGCUGGCUAACGUUUUGACUAUGCUUUUAGAACAUCUUUGAAGUGUUUAGGCUUAAAUUGCUUGCACUAUAAUCUAGUUGUUGAGAGGAUGAAGGCAUUAGUCACCCAUUGAAUGUUCCAUUAAUUAUCCACCCCCACCUGAAAGAAUCCUUUAGGAGAAGCCAUUUUGAGCCUGACCGUUCUUUGUUACCCAAUUAAUUAAGCUCCAUAGCCAAAUGACCUGUUUCCUUGCCCGUGAAUAUUUCUGACUUAGUCUUGAUGUUUAGGGAACCAAGGGAUUAAUUUGCUAAGUUUAGGGAAUUUGUGUAGGAGCCAAUUUUGGCACUGUUCCUAUGCCCCAAAUGGGGUAAGAGCAGUCACUUUUUAGGAAUAUGAUACUUUCGAGGACUGCAUUGUAGGCAUGGAUUCACUUUUAAAUAAAUGAACCUUAAUUGCUAUUUUUUCCUUGGUGAGGCCGAGAUUAGAAUGGGGUAAUGUCUAGUAAGAAUCCGAAAGGUGAAAAAUUAAUAUAGCUAGACCUCUUACUUUUCGAAAAAGAGAAUGGGAGCCCCGGUCAAAAAGCGUAAGAUGAGACUUGUGUAUCUUUCGAAAGAAACGGCGUUCUCGUGCCAACAUGACAAGGAAAACUAAACAUAAUUAAUGAACUUGGAGGCUAUUGAAAAAUUAGCUUUAGUCCUCCGCGUACUUCAAGUGUACGUCAAAGCACAAAUGUGUCGAGACGGUUUAGCUUAGUUGUACACCAUGUCUACUCUUUGCAUAGAUUUAGAUGAUUGUUCCUAAAUUGUGGCCUACUGUGUUCCUUGUUCCUAAGAAUAGCCCUGAAGUUCCUGAAUACAUUGAGUCUUUGUUAGAAUAUUCCAAUCUCUCAAAAGAAAGGGACUAUUUUUGUUAUCCAUGAACCAUUCACCACCACCUUCACAAGUCCUUCUGAUCGAUAGCUAGUUUAUUUGUGUGUGCUGUCACUACUUUGAGGAUGUUGUGAAUAACUUUGUCAAAUAGUUUAGCUUGAGUACAAAGAUGUAGUUUAGGGAAGAAUUUUCUUGGUUUAGUCUGUCUGUUCUGUGAAUAUUCCUUUAACUACGUGUGCAUGCUAAUUGUUUUGAUUCCGUGUGGUGAUUAUCGUAAGUCCCGUUGUUCAAUUUGCUUGAGGACAAGCAAAGGCUUAAGUGUGGGGGAAUUUGAUAAGUCUGUAUUUUGACAUGUAUUUGAUGCGUGUUGGGAUCGGUUUUGAUGGUUUUCCCUAGCUUUAAGGUGUUGCAAGUCUCAAUUUUAGCUCAAGUUAUGUUUAUCGGGCAUUGGUUCGAGUUUUGUGUUGUUUGUAGUCAAAAUCAGGGAAUUUGAGCCCGGUACCGGCACUUGAGGAACAAUCGGGAUGAUUUGAGAAGCAUUUGAGAAUGAUUUGAUAGCUUUGGAGGUCACCGGAAGAUUCACGAUGAAGAUUUGAAGGAAAAAAGAGCUCUAGGAUUGGCUUCGGGAUCAAAAGAAGAUGAAUGAAGCUUGAAAACGACGAUCAGAAUGACCUUCUGUCAAUCGUUCAAGCUUAUCUCUUUGUAGGAACAACCAAUGGACACGAUUAAAGUUGCAUAAGAAAGCCAACUUCAAGGGCUACAAAUCAUAUGAAGACACCUUUGCGAGAAUCUGAGAGGAAGAAGGUGAAAACAGACGAUGAAGUCAGAUGAUCUCUGUUGCGAUUUCAGAAAGACACCUUCCACCGUUUUGAUCAUAUCUCUUGAUUGGAUGAUUCAAAUCACAUUCGGCAAAUUGGGGUGGAUAGAGGACUUCAUUAUCUACAACUUUCAUGAAGGAAGUUUUGUCAAAUUCGGAAGUUUUACGCACGCCGUGCGUAGGGGAACGCACGACCGUGCGUCUGAGGCGAGAAAGCAAGGGAGACACUGCCAGCAACGCACGGCCGUGCGUGGGGGGUACGCACGCCGUGCGUAGACCCGGGUUACGCGAAAUUGAAUCCCAAAUCGACCCAAAUUCAUAUUUUUCAUCCUUUUUCUAUAAAAUAAGGCCCCCCUAAUCAUAUUUUGACGUUACGAACAUUACGGAGAGGCCUAGGGACGAAUUUAACACCGUUUUUACGCUAUUUUCUUCCAAGACCCUGGGAUUAUUUGUAAGUUCAUCUUUUUAAUUAAUGACAAUUAUUUCUAUUCA